UAGAAUACUAUAUAAAUAGGCAAAUAUAAAAUAUUGAUUUUUAGAGUGAGUGUAAACACUAAGAAAUAUGGCUAACCCAGUAGUGCUCUACGCCACCAAUGUAUAUAAAAAAAAUUCACCAGUACCAGUUUGGCAUUUGGGUGUUUUUGUGUUUGGUUUUGAAUAUUCUUAUGGACCUCAAGGUGUAACUAUCACAAACAAACCUGACGUACCGCUGGAAACCACACCUAUGGGCUGUACCAAAAAAACUGAAAAAUCGCUUCGCACAUUUGUUCUUGAAGAUUUGAAAACAAAAUAUACAGCUUUGAAUUAUAAUGCAUUGACCAACAACUGUCACGGUUUUGCCAAAGAGGUGCUGACUUUCUUAGGAAUUGGAAAAGAAAUUCCUAUAAAGUAUACCGAGCUUUGCCAAGCAGCGAAGGACGCUGUAGGUUCUGUAGGUGGUAAAGUUAUUGAGACUGUGUUUGCCAGUAAAUCUGUGAACUCAAAUGUAUUUCCAAUUAGAAAAAAUAAAUAAAAAAUACACAAACUAUAUUAAUCCGUAUACUCUUGAACAGUAUGUAGUUAACAUUUCAAUAAAUCUAAUCUUAAUUAUUUACAUUUGUGUUUUAUUUUAUUACUGUUAUCUCUAAUAUGUCACUCAUAUUAUUUUGUACAAUAU